AUGUUAACAAUAACUGUUUCGAUGAGUGAUAUUAUUCAAGUAUCUGAAAUUCUUUUACGAAUGGAUAGAUAUAUGAUUGUUAUACUUUAUAUUAUUGGAAUAAUUGGAUCUAUAUUAAAUAUAAUAACAUUUAUUCAAAAACAAAUUCGAAAUAAUUCAUGUUCAUUUUAUUUCUUAUCAGUUUCAAUUGUUGAUUUUUUUAUAAUGAAUGUAUUUAUUCUUAUGGAAAUCAUAACAACAUUUAAUAAACCUUUAUCAGAUCAAAUUUAUUCAACAAAUAUUUGGUGUAAAUUUGGAAAUUAUAUUAUGUUUAUACUUCCUUGUUUAUCAUCAAGUUAUAUAGUACUUGCAUCAAUCGAUAGAUAUUGUAUUAGUUCAUUAAAUCAAACAAUUCGAAAAUUGAGUAAUAUUAAAAUAAGUCGUAUUAUAGUGUUUAUUGUUUUAAUUAUAUGGCUUUUAUUUUCUUUACAUAUACCAAUUGGUUAUAAUCGUAUUCGAGAUCCAUUAACAAAUAUAACACGAUGUUCAGUUGAAAUAGGUUCACCUACAACAUAUAUUAUAAUUGAUGGAUUUUUUUUUUCAUUAUAUAAAGGAGCUAUAACACCAUUUUUUUUGUGUAUAUUUGGUUUAUUAAUAUAUUAUAAUAUGAAACGAAGUCGAUCACGAAUUCUUCCUCAAACAAAUAGUAGAAGUAAUAGAAUAACAGCUGGACAAAUAUCAUCUAUAACUCCAAUAAUAAUUGUUCAAAAUCGAAGAAAUAGUCAUAUGUUAACAAUGUUAUUAGUUCAAGUUUUAUUAACAAUAAUAUUAAAUAUUCCAUAUAUGAUUAUUUAUCUAUUUGGUUUUUUUAAUCAAAUACCAAAAGAUCUUUUUCAACUUCUUAUGUAUAUUAUAUUUAGUUUUAUAGCAAGAUGGUUUUAUUAUAUGAAUUAUUCAAAAACAUUUUAUAUUAAUACAUUAACAAGUAAAUUAUUUCGAAAAAGUCUUACUCAACAAAUUCUUGAUCUUUUUCAUCGAUAUAAAAUAAUUUUUAUUCAUAAUUAA